CACUUAAUAUCUCUCCCUCCCUUUCUCCUUCACAUAACAGCUCUCUAACUAACACUCUCUCUCUUCUUUAACUACCAACAAUAAUGAAAAGUCCCCACUCCGCCUACGGUGGUCGGAGAGCCAAGUCUGUCGCACGGUCAACGCCGGAUCGCUUCCAAUACUCAUCCACCUCAGCAUACUCCGAUGCUUCCACCGUGAAAAAGCACCAGAAUCCUCUGUUUUUAGCUGCUAAAUCCUUAGCCGGAGUAUUCAUCUCCUGUUUUACACCGCCUGAGCCAGUCAGCACCACCACCUCCGAUCAUUUCAACGACUCUGAAGACUUUAAACCUCCUUCAGUGGUUUCAGAUGGUGGUAGAGAUAGAAGGAAAAGUUCAGGUAGAGGAACAAUUUACGGCGGAAGUCCACGGAAUUCGACAAGCGGAAAGGAGCCGGGGAGUCUCAGAUUUACAAUGGAGGAAAUUUAUAAAGCUACAAAGAAUUUUUCACCUGCCCUCAAGGUUGGACAAGGUGGGUUUGGCACAGUUUAUAAGGGUAGGCUUGAAGAUGGUACAUUUGUUGCUAUCAAGCGUGCCAAGAAGAGUGUGUAUGAGAAACAUUUAGGUGUGGAGUUUCAGAGUGAGAUACAAACGCUAGCACAAGUGGAGCAUUUGAAUUUGGUGAAGUUGUACGGGUUCUUGGAACAUGGAGAAGAAAGAAUUAUUGUUGUGGAGUAUGUUUCGAAUGGAACUCUAAGAGAUCACUUGGAAUGCAUGCACGGAAACGUUCUUCCUCUGGCUACGCGUCUAGAUAUUGUAAUAGAUGUGGCUCAUGCAAUUACCUAUCUUCACACAUACGCAGAUCACCCAAUUAUUCACAGGGAUAUUAAAUCAUCCAACAUUCUUCUCACGGAAAGUUUUCGAGCUAAGGUAGCGGAUUUUGGUUUUGCUAGAAUGGCAGCUGAUAGUGAUUCAGGUGCCACGCAUGUGUCUACUCAAGUUAAAGGGACUGCUGGCUACUUGGAUCCUGAAUAUCUCAAGACCUAUCAACUCACUGACAAGAGUGAUGUUUAUUCAUUUGGUGUCUUACUUGUUGAAAUAGUAACCGGCAGACGACCCAUCGAACCAAAACGGGAACUCAAGGAACGCAUAACUACUAGAUGGGCUAUGCAGAAAUUUUCCGAGGGAUACGCAGUAUCAACAAUGGACCCAAGGCUGGAUCGAACUCCUGCGAAUAACUUGCUACUCGAGAAGAUUCUCGAAUUAGCCUUACAAUGCUUAGCACCACGCAGGCAGAGCCGGCCAAGCAUGAAGUAUUGUGUAGAAAUUUUAUGGCGCAUUCGUAAAGAUUGCCAAGAAAUUGCAGGUUCAGAUUUUCGUAUGUUUUCCUCAAACUCGAGCGGCCCUAUCAUUAGGGAAGAAUAAGAAAUAAGACAUGAACUUAAAUUCGCAUAUAUGAAGUUAAACUCUGCAUCAGAAAUUGGAAUAAGUAACAACUAAAACUCUAAGUUGGCUGCUUUCUGAUAGAUGCAACUGAUAUAAAAGUGACAAUGCAGGCUCAGUAUAUGUAAAGGAGCCAAAUUUUUCCCAUCCGUUAGUGAAUUGAGCUGUACAUAGAAAUAUGAUUAUAUGUUCAUAAAUUGUAUCUGAUUCUUUUUCCUCUUCGACUCAUGGAAUGGUCUAUAUUUUUUUAGUAAAUGCAUUCACAUAGAAGGAUUUACAUCUCA